AUGGAACAGAUAAGAUAUAAAGGAGAGAAAGAAGAAAAAGCUCCUAUAAGUUCCCCCGACACCAUGGGACCAGAGUUUUGGGAAAAGAAGGAGGAAGAGAUGGACCAAUUGUUGGGAGCUGUGGGUGGAGAAGUGGAACCAGUAUCAGCCAGAACCAGAGCAAAGACAGAGACUGUUUUUACAGCACCUCUCAGACGAGUUGACCAAUUCUUAGUAAACCCAGAUGACCCCUCCCAAGUUUCCACAGGGUCAUUGUUUCAGCAUGUUCCUUUUACCACCUCUGAUUUGCUUAAUUGGAAAAUGCACUAUGGGCCUUAUAGUGCUAAACCAAAUGAAGUGGCAGAAUUGGUAAAAACUAUUGUGGAUACUCAUCAUCCAACUUGGCUAGAUUUACAACAACUUAUGGCAACACUUUUCAAUGCUGAAGAAAGGGAGAAAAUCAGGAAUGCAGUGUCUAAUAUUUUAAAACCAGAUGUCCCAGCACGUACAACCUUAGCAGACUUUAUUGAACAGCGUUUCCCCUCAAAAGAUCCUAAUUGGAGUCCUUAUGAUUCACAUCAAUUGAACUUGUUGCUCAAUUAUCAACAGUUAAUCAUAAAAGCUGUGCGCAUAGCAGGAAAGCCUGCAACAAACAUGUCAAAGCCAAGUUUAAUAACCCAGGAAGCUACUGAAAGUCCAGAGGCUUUUUAUUCUAGGCUGGUUGAAGCAUAUCAGAUGUAUACACCUAUCGACCCCACCCUUCCUGAAAAUGCUCGCAUGCUAGCAAUGGCUUUUAUUUCACAAUCAGCUCCAGACAUAAGGCAUAAGCUUCAAAAGUUGGAAGGAGCGUUGGGAAAACCCCUUAGUGAACUCAUGGAAGUUGCCAGGAAGACAUUUGUCAACAGGGAUUUGUUGGAGGAGAGGAAAAAAGAUAAGCAGAUGAAGAAAAAAGCAGAAUUGCUAGCCACCGCUUUAAUGACUGUGCCAGGGGGAAAUAGAGGAAGUAGGGAGAGGGCUGUGAUCCCCUCCUUAGGUCAAAAUCAAUGUGCUGUUUGUCACAGCUGCCCGCUUCCACUCAUGGGUAGAGAUUUGCUUUGCAAACUUCGAGCACAGAUAUUUUUUGAUGAAAAGGGAUCCGUAGGAGUAAAAUAUGGAAAUGUGAAUUUAGAGAUUCCUAGGGAAGAGGCUUGGAGAAUCAUGGUGGUGCAGGAAGUCUCAGGAAACAAAUGGAGGGAGUUCCGGGUUCCUGAGCUGUGGGCGGAAGAUAACCCCCCUGGUUUUGCUGCUCACCACACCCCUGUCAUUGUUGAGGAACUACCAAUGAGUCGUCCUGUAUGCAUCCGCCAGAGGGGGUACCCAAGAGAAAUUGUGCAGGCUAUUCAGGAAGUCAUACAACUGUAUCUGACUUAUAAGAUUCUGGUGCCCACUGACUCACCAUGGAAUUCCCCGAUUCUACCUAUACCAAAAGGGGGAGGAAAAUAUAGAAUGGCUCAGGAUCUUCGUAGGGUUAAUAGUUCAACAGUCACAAUUUAUCCUACGUUGCCAAAUCCUUAUGUGUUGCUUGGACUGAUUCCACCAGAAGCUAAAUGGUUUUCAGUUAUUGAUUUAAAAGAUGCUUUCUUUUCUAUACCCAUUCAUAAAAAGAGUCAGCACUUGUUUGCCUUUGAAUGGGAAAAUCCGACAACAGGAAGGAAACAACAAUAUACUUGGACACGCCUCCCACAGGGGUAUAAAAAUUCGCCAACGCACUUCAGCGCGGCGUUAGCGACGGACUUGGAAAUUCUAGAUUUGCCCGCUCCUGAUGUUGUGCUACAAUAUGUGGAUGAUCUUUUGGUGACAGGACAAACAGAAGAGGUUUGUCAUGCCAAUACUGCAUCCCUUCUACUUCUGUUACAAGAAAAAGGCUAUAAAGCUUCUAGGGCCAAAGCACAAUUGGUCCAGUUGAAUGUUAGGUAUUUGGGAUAUGAUAUCCAGCAAGGGCAAAGAACUUUGGGACAUGAAAGAAAGGAAGCCAUUUGUCAAUUACCAGCCCCAAGAAAUAGGAAGGAAUUAAGAGGCUUUUUAGGGGCAGCGGGAUUUUGCCGCAUCUGGAUUCCUAACUUCGCCUUGUUAGCAAAGCCCCUUUAUGAAGCUACAAAAGGAAAUGAAAAGGAACCUUUGCGAUGGGAAAAAGAGGAACAGAAAAGUUUUUUAAACUUGAAACAUGUUUUGACUCAAGCUCCGAGUCUGGGACUGCCUAAUUUAGAUAAACCUUUUCAUUUAUUUGUGGACACUAAACAGAAUAUGGCUGUGGGGGUGUUAACUCAGAAGAUGGGAACGUGGUAUCGACCAGUUGCAUAUUUGUCAAAACAAUUGGAUCAGGUAGCAAAAGGGUGGCCCUCUUGUCUUAAGGCUGUAGCAGGCACAGCUUUACUUACUCAGGAAGCAAAUAAACUUACUUUUGGACAGCAAUUGAAUAUCUACACCCCCCAUGCUCUUCGGGCUGUUCUGGAUCAGAAAGGCCAUUUAUGGCUUACCAAUCCACGUAUGUUGAAGUAUCAGGGGCUUAUUACCCAUAACCCCCUCAUCAAACUUGUUCAGUCAUAUGCUUUGAAUCCUGCCACUCUAUUACCUGAACCAGACUCUGAGAUCUCUCAUGAUUGUCUGCAAACUAUUGAGGAAACCUAUGCAAGUCGUCCAGAUUUGAAGGAUGAACCCUUUUCCGACCCAGAUGCAACUCUUUUUACUGAUGGAACCAGUUUUAUCCAUGAAGGUGUAAGAAAAGCAGCUUAUGCAAUAGUUACUCUUGAGGAUGUAUGGGAAGCUGAGCCCUUACCUGCAGGAACUAGUGCUCAGUUGGCAGAAUUGCAUGCACUCACUAGGGCAUUGGAAUUAGCAAAAGGCCUACGUGUCAACAUUUACACAGAUUCAAAGUAUGCCUUUCUUACAGUUCAAGUGCAUGGAGCUUUGUACAAAGAAAGAGGUCUUAUCACAGCAGGAGGAAAGGACAUUAAAUAUGGACCCCAAAUUUUGCGUCUAUUGGACAGUGUGUGGUUCCCCAAACAAGUUGCCAUUAUGCAUGUACGAGGUCAUCAGAAGGGGAUUUCAACGGCUGAAAGAGGAAACCACAAGGCUGACCAGGUGGCAAGAGCAGCAGCUUUGGAUCCAUUCUCCCUGCAAGCUAACUGUCUUACUUUGUGGAUCCCGAACCAGAAAGAUGAACCCCCCUCAUAUAGCCACUCAGAAGUCCAGCAAGCUGAAGCUAUGGGGGCAACACUGGUGAAUGGGUGGUGGACUCUGCCGGACAACAGGGUGUUUGUACCUCAGCAGUUAGCAUGGGAGGUUGUUUCUUCCUUGCAUAGGCAUUUACAUCUAGGAAAGACAGUUUUGAGAAAGGCUUUGGCAAGGGAAGUCUAUAUUAACAAUUUGUCUAGUCUAGCAGCUGCUGUUUGUUCUCGAUGUCAGGUGUGUGCUGCUAAUAACCCACGUCAGGGCCCGAGUCUUCCCCCUGGGCACCAACCUAGGGGGGCUUAUCCUUUUGAUUAUUUAAUGGUUGACUUUACAGACAUGCCGAAAGUGGGAUCGUAUACGGCUAUGUUAGUUGUUGUUUGUACAUACACGGGGUGGCCUGAAUGUGUUCCCACUAGAACGAAAAAAGCUUUGGAGGUAACCCGAACUCUAUUAAAUGUAGUUAUUCCACGAUAUGGGUUGCCCUCACGUAUCUCUUCAGAUAAUGGGCCUGAGUUCAUUCAUACAGCCACUCAGAAGGUUGCCCAGGUAUUGGGGAUUACCUGGAAGUUACACUGUUCUUUCCACGCCCAAUCGGCGGGCGUCGUUGAAAGGGCCAAUAGAACUAUAAAGAAUAAAUUGGCUAAAAUUUGUCAAGAAACUCAUCUGAAAUGGCCAGAUGCCCUCAGCAUGGCGUUGCUAGCCGUGAGCCUCUACACCCUGCCAAAAGGAGAAGAAGAAAGGAGGACGCCACCUCGCCUGCUGAUUCACAGGAAGCAAUCGCUCUACGGCCAGGUGGUGAAGAUCCCUCUGCAGGUGUCGCUCCAGGUGCCGCCGACACCCAUCGCAAAAAUAAGAUUGAAAAAUAAGAUUGCUCCAGGGGCUCCACCAGUGCAGACAUGGGAGAUUCCACCUGAUUAUGUAGACCCAUCUCCUACAGGGGGGAAUGAGAUUAGUGGGAGUACCUCGCAGCCACCAUAUGUGAGGGAGGAGAGCACCCAACAAACACCAGGUGUCAGGGCCCUCACGGUGAAAAAUGACUACCCUGUAAAGGUAACUUCUGAACCACUGCUAGAGAAAAUGGGACCAGGACCUUUUCCUCCUUGUAAGCAUUGUUUUUAUAAAGUCCCGAGUACACAGGGACUGGGUUUUGCCUAUGUAAAACGCUGGAUAGUGGAUUGUUAUCCAGAGGAAGGGUUAUCCCCCUGUUCCGAGGGAUCCGGGAACUAUUGGCAAUGUAGGUUGGAUCCUAAUGUUACUUGGGCACCAAGUGAAUACUAUAAUUCAACCAUAAUGUGCCAUACUUUGAGGCCUAUUCAGAGACCAUACCCAGAGCCCUAUCCAGAAAGGACAAGGACUCGGGGUGGGCGGACAUCCCUUGAUUUUGGUUUGGACAUGAAAUAUGACAUAACGAAUGAUCAGCUUCCGAUCAUGGUGAGGAUAUAUUGUAAAAUCAUAGGGAAUGUGAGACAUGUGUGGUUGUUGCAAUGGUGGUCAGGUGAAGAGAAUUUGUCAAGUAUGGAACCUCAGGUACUGAGCAAGACUCGGCACAUGGGCGUAAUACGUAACUAUGAUGAGAAAUCUAGUUACUUGAAGGUCUGGAUUGCUCAUUCUAGUUACUCAGAAUCAUACCAGUGCCGAGCUGUAACAAUUGGUGAGACCGUAAGCAGAACAGCAAGAGUCUCAUUGACUGCAGAAGGGAAAGGGAUGGUGGUUCUGGAGCCGCUCUUGCAACCAGGUAGGAACCUCCAUCCUACACCUGUUCUUCCAAAAGAUGGGAAGGAUGGAUUAGAUGGGAAGGGAUCUAUAACCCCUGCCCCAUUGGAAUGCACUGAAUGCCUAGUAGGAACAAGAGGAAAUACUUUAAAGUUCAAAAUGGGAAAACCUAAAUCCUGUCAGAACUUCAAUCUUCCCAAUUGCACUUUUGGAAGGAAGCAGCCCCGUCUUUAUAGUCAAUGUGAGGGAUCUGAAGGGGUGGUAUGUUAUCUACCUGCAACACCAGGGCUGGAUGAGUGUGGCCCAUGUCUUACAAAAGCUAAGGUGGGACCUCGCACCAUUGUUACAAUGAUCUACCACACUCAGGCCCCAGUGGACUGCACCCCUCAGAAAAAGACAUGUGUAUCUAACGGUACCAUGUAUAACUAUUGCAUUCAGAAGAACCAGCUUGUUUGUUAUCAGCCAACCACUCCAGUUCGCAUCAAAGUCAGUGUAUGGGCAGGCUUGGCCCUACUUGACAACCCCAAGGAAUCCCAGCUUUACCACCUCACUACAAUUACUGCUUUAAAACAAGGACAAAAGCCCAUCACCGUAUCAUUUGGUAUCGCAUGGAUGAAAGAAACCCGUGCAGAGGAUGGGAUUGUGUUUGUCAACAUACUGGAGGAGGAAAUGGCAGAAGAAGUAGCAAAAGCUUUAACUGUUAAAAAUUGUUUUGUUUGUGGAGGAACAAACAUGGGAGAAAAGUGGCCAUGGGAAGCUCUCGAAGCAACCCCAGAGGUAUAUAACAAUAUGACCCAAAAAGGCAACCUCGCUCAACGAACACAGCAUACGGAGUGCAAUUUGGAGAUUCCAAACUUUGAAGAAACGGUUCUAAAAUGCUAUGGCGAAGCAGAGAGUGAUCUGAGUGAAGUGGAAUCGGAUUGUGAUGGAAAUUUUGUAAUGGACGAUGAGGAACCCACCGUCGCCGAUUCUGACAUCAGCGAUGAUGAAGCUGUCAAUGAAAUUGAUGACCAGUACGCUGAGAAGAUGCUAAUGAAUGCUUGA